AUGGCGGAAACGGUGGCCUCCAUCUUGGCUGACCUGAACCUCAACUCCGAGAAUCUAAGCGGCUCCGCCUUCGAUGCUCAGCUUGCUGAAGAGGAAAAUGGAACCUUCAGACACCGUGGUCCUCGACAGCGGCCACGACAGAGUGCCUCAGAUCUCAAAGCUGAAUUGGAGAGAGAGUUUUUGACACCAUCACCACGAUUCAGCCCAGAAUGGCUCAACCGCCUUCAAAAGCGAUGGGAUGUCCCGACUGACUACACGGACCUCUACGAGAUUGCUCCCACACAAACACGGACUAUUGUUCGGUUUACCCGGGAAGGUCUGGAGGGUCGAGUCACUGGUUACCAUGAAGUCACGGUCCCCGCUGCAGCAGCCAACGCCAAAAACUCGACGUCUCUACUGCGCAGGCCCGCGGGUCGUGCGGACUUCGUGAGAGGCGCGGCAGGAUUUUUCCCAUUUGCACCGGGAGGACUCGAUGGUGUUGAGGCUAUUGCUGAAAUGGAAUCUGAAGCACAGGCUGCGGAACGCUCAAGAACUGGUGGCAAACAGUCCGGUCUCGACCGUAUUAUCAAUUUUGGAGCCGAGGGUGGCCUCUUGGAAAUAGCCCCGGGCUUUUCCCGCGGGUUGCAAUUCGAAGCGGCCAAGACCAAGGAAGGAGCGGAGGGUGACGAGGAAGUCAAGCAUGCCCUGCAGCAAGAGGAAAGUGAUCUCCAUGUAGAGCGAGACGAAGACGCCGUCUCAGACGUUGAAGGUGGGGUGAAGAUUGGCGAGGAUGAUGAAUUGAGUGGCGAGGAGGAUAUCGAUUCUCUCCUCCCCGUCGAGUUCCCAGCCUUGGAGCCUCGAGCACCGUUACUCGGCGGCGUCAAGCAAAGGCAGGGUGGCAAAGAGUGGGCUCACGUUGUGGAUGUCAAUAAACACAUCCCUAACUUCCAUGAACUCGUGCCUGACAUGGCUCGCGAGUGGCCAUUCGAACUGGAUACCUUCCAGAAGGAAGCAGUGUACCAUCUCGAGAAUGGCGAUUCCGUCUUCGUCGCGGCUCAUACUUCAGCCGGUAAAACUGUCGUUGCAGAAUACGCUAUAGCUCUGGCCUCGAAGCAUAUGACCAAGGCGAUCUACACGUCUCCUAUCAAAGCCCUGAGCAAUCAAAAGUUCAGAGACUUCAGGACUGAAUUUGAUGACGUUGGUAUUCUCACUGGAGAUGUUCAAAUCAACCCGGAGGCCAGCUGCCUGAUCAUGACUACUGAGAUCUUGCGGAGUAUGCUCUACCGAGGUGCGGAUCUGAUCAGAGAUGUCGAAUUUGUGAUCUUUGACGAGGUGCACUAUGUGAAUGAUCUCGAGCGAGGUGUUGUUUGGGAGGAAGUCAUCAUCAUGCUUCCGGAACAUGUCACUCUCAUCCUGCUCUCUGCUACAGUCCCCAACACCUAUGAAUUUGCCUCCUGGGUUGGUCGUACGAAGAAGAAGGAUAUCUACGUCAUCUCCACCGCCAAACGUCCAGUCCCACUGGAGCAUUAUCUCUGGGCAGGUAAAGACAAGUACAAGAUUGUCGACUCGAACAAGCGUUUUCUCGAGACUGGCUGGAAAGAAGCAGACAACAUCAUUUCGGGCAGAGACAAAAUCAAAGCACAAAAGGCCGCCGAAGCUCAAGCUCAGUCUCAAGCACAGCGCGGAGGACAGCAAGGCAGAGGACGUGGGCAGCCUGCUGGUAGAGGGGCUCCUCGUGGAAACGCUCAGCGGGGCGGUGCUCCUCGCGGCAGAGGCCAGCCAGCUAACAGGGGUACUGGCAAUAUCGCUCGUACGGGCCGAGGUGGAGGACGAACAACGGCUGCUCAGGAUAAGACAAUCUGGGUACAACUAGUGGGGCACCUCCGAAAAGAGAACUUGCUUCCAGGCUGUAUCUUUGUUUUCUCGAAAAAGAGGUGUGAAGAGAACGCCGACUCACUCUCCAAUCAAGAUUUCUGCAAUGCUUCCGAGAAGAGUUUGAUUCACAUGUUCAUCGAAAAGUCCCUGACCCGACUCAAGCCAGAAGAUAGAACGCUGCCACAAAUUCUUCGGUUGCGGGAGCUGCUAAGCAGAGGUAUCGCCGUUCACCACGGUGGACUUCUGCCAAUCAUGAAAGAAAUUGUGGAAAUUUUGUUCGCAAAAUCGUUGGUCAAGAUUCUUUUCGCUACCGAGACUUUUGCAAUGGGUCUCAAUCUGCCCACACGAACGGUCGUUUUCUCCGGAUUCCGAAAGCACGACGGUAGAGGCUUCAGAGAUCUCUUGCCAGGCGAGUAUACUCAGAUGGCAGGACGUGCUGGACGGAGAGGUCUUGACACUGUUGGAUACGUCAUCAUUGUGAGCGCUGGUAGAGACGAGGCACCCCCUGCGGGUGCUUUGAGGAAGAUGAUCCUUGGUGACCCGACAAAACUCCGGUCUCAGUUCAGACUCACUUAUAAUAUGAUUUUGAACCUCUUGCGUGUGGAAGCUUUGAAGAUCGAAGAGAUGAUCAAGCGAAGCUUCAGUGAGAAUGCCACCCAGGCUCUGCUGCCGGAGCAUGAGAAACAGGUCCAGCUUUCUGAAGCAAGUCUGGCGAAGAUCAAACGAGAGCCUUGCGAUAUCUGCGACAUUGACGUGGUGGCCUGCCAUGAUGCAGCUAUCGAGUAUGAGAAGCUAACGAGCGAACUUCACGUUGGUCUACUUGCGUCUCCUGUCGGGAAGCGUCUAUUUAUGCCAAAGCGACUUGUUGUGUAUCGAAAGGAUGGUUUCCGAACUGCAGGUAUCAUUGUUAGAGAAGGUGUCGGAGGAGGUGCCACUCCUAGCAUACAGGUCCUUGAGAUUGGCAAAUUGAGCCACAGACGCCAUCCAAGCGACAUUUUGCCCUUCCUUCCAAGAUUCCGACAUUUGCUACAACCUCUGCCGACUCGUGCUGCCGACAUGACGCUGAAAGUUUGCAAGAUUCCUCUUUCAGACCUAGAGUGUGUUACCAACACGAUGGUGAAAGUGGGCGGUCCAACAUGGUACCUGAAUAUCAAGAAAGAGGCAAUUAAAUUCGCGGAUAAGGAGCUUUCGAAACUUUGCUCUUCCUGGGCAAGCCCUGUCUGGGAUGAGAUGGAUUGGGCUCGGAUCAAAGAGCUACAGUGCCCGUCGUUCUUGAAGCACUUUGAGAUGCAACACGAUGAAUGGCAGGUGAAGGAGAAUAUCUCCCAGCUGAAACAGCUUAUGUCGGACCAAAACCUGCAACUACUACCGGACUACGAGCAGCGCAUCCAAGUGCUAAGGGACCUAGGGUUCAUUGAUGAGCAAUCCCGAGUUCAACUGAAGGGCAAAGUUGCAUGUGAGAUUCACUCGGCUGAUGAACUGGUACUGACGGAGUUGAUUCUCGAGAAUGUCCUGGCCGAAUACGAGCCUGAAGAGAUUGUUGCGCUCUUGUCCGCAUUUGUCUUCCAGGAGAAGACAGAGAACGUUCCUACUUUGACCCCUCGUCUAGAAAAGGGCAAGGAGUCGAUUAUUCGGAUCUCGGAGAAGGUGAACGACCUCCAAAUCCAAUACCAGGUCAUUCAGUCUAGCGAAGACAGCAACGACUUCGCCAGCCAGCCCCGCUUUGGUCUGGCAGAGGUAGUUUACGAAUGGGCCAAGGGCAUGUCCUUCAACCGCAUCACAGACUUGACAGAUGUGAUGGAAGGUACCAUUGUUCGGACGAUUACUCGACUAGACGAGACCUGUCGCGAAGUAAAGAACGCGGCCAAGCUGGUUGGAGAUCCGACGUUAUACACGAAGAUGCAACAGGCGCAGGAGCUGAUCAAGCGCGAUGUCAUCUUUGCGGCGUCUUUGUACAUGUAG